GUACGCUGCUAUAUUAGAUGGUUUGCCCCCUUCUGUAGGGCAGGUCAGGGGGUUUGGAGGUCGCGGUGUCCAUUGAUACACCUGGACAUCGUAGAGGAUCACAUGCCCGAGCGUGUCUUAUGACAGUUUGGGCAUACACAGAGUAUACCCCCUGAUGUCUGUCAUGAGCUCCGACACUACCAGCGGGAUGAUCGGGCUGCCGUUGAUGAUGAUUUUUUGGCUUUCAUGGAUGUCCAACUCCACCGUUGGGAGAACAGGUUAGGCACUUUAGCGGUGGUCGGCCAUUUGACUCCCAUUCAACAUUACAUGCGCUUGUAUCAUCAGAUCACACGCCGAUUGAUCGGCAACCCAGCUUUGCGUCCCCCUAGGGAUGUAGGAUACUCAGCACUCGCGGGGCAGUGCGAGGCAUUGGUAAGUUUAUCGUAUUUAGAUUUAUCUAAUUUCAUUAAUUGUUACGUUUUAAAAAUAAUUUUUUUUUUGUUUUUGUUAAACACAAAUGCACCUGGUGGCCGUACAGCGUUUACGCAUCUUGGGGUUAGAGAAUAUGCCUUACCCUGGGCUUGCGGGGCUUGCCGCGGAGAUGUUAGGAUUUCCGAGAAUGGUAUCCGGCAGGCAGGCGAGAUUAGGCGCAUGGCGGAGCCUGUUCCGGAGGCUGAGUAUCAGGCAACACCGGGUGCUCCCAGAGGAGGAGGCCGUGCUGGCAAAGGACGCCAUGCUACCGGAGGUCGCCGUGCGCGUAGAGGACGCGGCGCUGCUGCUAAAGGACCUGGUGGUGGAGGACACCAUCUGGUAGAUGAGGCGGAUGAGGCCGAUCCCAUUCCAGAGGGCGUUCACGGUCUAGUCCAUCCGCAGCCGUUCCAGGCCGGUGGCAGCUCACCUGGGGACUCACCUACGUUUACGCCGGCGCUCUUACUUGCUGAGAUACCCGGGUCUUCAUCACAGCCGAGCCAGAAUGCAUACAUGGAAGAGCGUUAUAACGUUGAUUGGGCGGCGUUCCGCGCUUCAUUAGCUGAUGAGCGGCCUGUGAGGAAUUUAAAGGGAGCCCGGAUUCUUGACUUCAAUGAGUUUUUGAUUCCGAUUCGGCGCCAGCGGGUCCACCAGAGCCACCCACUCAGGCAUUUUCUCAUGGGCCUGCCGAGCCAGUGAUGUCUUCCCAUGUGACUGUCGAGCCACAU